AUGACUUCGGUGAUCAGCGCCAUGGGUGGACUAGACCAGGGUCCCAAAGGCAACCGCAGAGUACGCAGUGAAAUAGAAGUCACCUCGGACAACGAGACGGUCCAUCCAGCGAUCAAUGCAACUCCACGAAAGCGGAAGAGGGCUCGCAAGGCCCAUUCCGAUCGUAAGUUCGACUGCACCUUUGAAGGCUGCGGGAAGAGCUAUUCUCGUGCGGAGCAUCUAUACCGCCAUCAGCUGAACCAUGCCCCCAAGCAGAUCUAUCGAUGUGACUUCCCCGAUUGUUAUCGAUCAUUUGUGCGACAAGAUCUGUGCAUCCGGCACCGAGAACGACACACAACUCAGGGGUCCCAACUCCAGAAGCGCGAUCACUUCUCCCAGACAGCCUCCGGGAACACCAGUCCUCCGAUCUCUCAACCCCCCACAGUCGUUUCGCCAACUGCCGAUUUCCCGUCGAGCCGGACAUUGACAGCCGGGUUGGUGGAUUCCCGGGCAAACAGCCAUGCAAACCAACAUAUCGCCGUAUCCUCCUCUCCCCCAUCGAUCGGUGUGAACCGAGCGUUUAGCUAUCAACAACUGGCUUCGCAGCACGCCAAAAGCUCUCCACCCAACCAAAUUUAUAGCCCGCCCGCUAUGCAGAAAGUGUCGCAUGUCGCAGUGCCUGGUCGGCACUCAGCGACCACGUCGAUCAGCUCCGGAGAGCCUGGUCAAGAAGCCCAGCCUCGAUCUUCGAUGUCCGAGCCUAGUCGAACAUCUACUGUACAAUCCCAAGACCCGAGCACCGUUUUCUCAAUCCCAACAGAACUAAGUGGUUCUACUCUUGUAAGUCCGGUUGCAUACGGCUCCCAAGCGAGCCUGUCAAUGUCUGUCAAUGGAUACUCGGAUAUAUCCCUCGCGCCGGUAACGUCCUCAGAGCCCGCUCCAUUAGCCCAAGGUGCGAGCUUGAGUGCGCUGGAUUCAAUGUCGGGCAUGAUGGUGUCCGGGUCAACAGUUGGGGACACCGGAUUCGACUCGCUCGCCUCGUGUGUCUAUCCGAUCUUCGGCAGUGAGACGUACAACCGGUCUCCUUUUGCCAUGGCGGAUGAUUUCACCGCGUGGCUGUUCAACGAACCUCCCGCGGGAUCGUCAUCAGUUGCGUAUCCAUCAAGGACAAGCAUGGUCCCCAGCUAUCUGGAUGCCGCUCAGCUUCAAAAUCAAUUCUUCAUGAGCGACCCGGCUUAUGGGACGUUCUUGGGCGGUGCCAUUUCACAGCACCCCAUGAGUGUCACCAGCAUCCUCGAUCCUGGGUCGCCGCGCGCUAUCAUGUCGGAGGACAAGCGUCAGGAACUGCUACACCUUAUGGCGACGCGGUUCAAUGAGGCGGCGUACUCAGUAGUGGCCAAGCGCAAGGACGCCUUGAUGGAGGGCGACAUUGACGACGAUAAUCACGUCUUGAGUCUACGCAUGAUGCAGACGUACAUCGGAUCAUACUGGUACCACUUUCAUUCGCAGUUACCCAUCUUGCAUCGCCCGACCUUUGUCGCCGACCAGGCGCCCAACCUCCUUCUUUUGGCAGUAAUGGCUAUCGGGGCGUCAACACUGGACCGCAUCCACGGUCCCGAGGUAACCGAGACAGCCUCCGAGCUGGCGAACUUUAUCGUUUGGCAUCUUCGAUGGGAGAUCUUCAUGGAUGCAGAUUUUCGGCCUCCAGCUAAACUCUGGGUAUUCCAGGCCCUGCUGCUUCUAGAGGUCUACGAGAAGAUGUAUUCCACUCGCUCUCUCCACGAGCGGGCGCACAUCCACCAUGACACCACACUGACACUGAUGCGUCGUGGCAGUUCGUUGAUCGGCCGCUCUGCAUUUGACUCCCCGGCCAGUUUGAGAGACGACCGACAAAUUCGAUCAGCAACCGGCUCCACCAUGACACCGGACUUUGUGGCGGACGAAUCCUGGACACACUGGAUCAAGACUGAAGCCACCCGACGGGUUGCGUUUGCUGCCUUCGUGCUGGACUCGACUCAUGCCACCAUGUUUGGACACUCCGCCAAGAUGGUCGCGCAUGAGCUUCGGCUGCCGUUGCCGUGUGAUGAGGCAUUAUGGUCGGCAACCAGCGCGGGCGAAGUGGCGCGUGUGCAGUCCAGCCUGCAUGCGAAUGGCGUGAAGCCGGUCGUGUUUUUGGACGGGCUCAAAAGAACUCUUAACGGACAACGAGUGCGGACGAACGCCUUCGGGCGGACCAUCAUCAUGGCGGGUUUGCUCAGUGUCAGCUGGCAUAUGAACCAGCGGGACCUGCAGGUCAGCUCCCUUGGUGUUCCACAGGCGCUAGGAGGCCGAGAUAAAUGGCGGUCGGCAUUGCUGCGGGCCUUUGAUAACUGGCGGCGGGAUUUCGACGAGGCCCUUGGACAGACUGGAUCCCCACCGUUCGGCGGUGGAUAUCGGGUCCGGCAUCCACUGGAUGAAGACAAUGUAUUCGAAUCGCGCGAUGUACUGCACGGUCUUGCCCAUAUGGCGUCGCAUGUAGACGUUGUCGAUUGUCAGAUCUAUGCCGGCGCCGGUCGACUGAUGGGACGGUCCAUCACACCAAGAGACUACAGCGCCGCUCGUGAAAAGAUGACCGAGCGAUGGGCCACCAAAGCCUCGGCCCGCGACGCCACCUUUUACGCCUUGAAGUUCCUGUCCGAGUGUUUGUUGAACGGGGGUUCCGAGGACGAGGAUAUUUAUUCGGGACGUGAUGACUACCUCCUCAACCGACCGUGGGUAAUCUACGUGGCGGCAUUAGUGGUCUGGUGUUAUGGGUUUGCCCUAGAUGGUCCGAUCUUUUCGCCGCCGGCACUGACGACCGUUGCAGAGCAACGGCACGACAUGCAAGAGUUCCUGCAGCGCGUGGGCGGCGUGCAGUCUCCCAAUGAUCUACAAGGGAUGCAAGGACGCAAUCGGUGUCUGGGGCUAUUGAUGAUCCUGCGCGACGGGUUUAUCGACACGCGGUGGGAAUUGUUGACGGAAGCGGCCAAUUUGCUGGGCAACUGCAUUGCGAAAUUGCGAGGGUGA